AUGCUACUGUACGGCAGCGAGGCCGUGCGAAGACAGGUAAGCCCGAAUGAUGGGAGGCUGGAGGUUUUCACCAGACAAGGUCCCUACGGAGUAAUUGGCAUGACCCUGAGCAAGAAAGUCCUGAAGGCCCCAUGUGGCAAUGUGGAUAUCGCCUUUCAGCCACACCGAGUGGAAAUGCGCCUGAAGAAAGGACAGCACUUCCAGAUGGAUGGGGAACCCUGGGUCCUGAAUGCUGCCUGCACGGCCGUAAUUGAAAGGCAUACCAAAGUGCGUAUGCUUUGCCCAAGUGAGGAUGGUCCUGGAGCAGGUGUGUGGUCAGGUUGCCAGAAAAGGCACUUCUGGCAUUCUCGCCGCCAAGGUUCUGCUGCUUCUUCAGCAGGCGAACAGGAGCUCUGUGCGUCUCUGGCUUCUCGACCGAGCACCCAGACGUGA